AUUUAUUUCGAGAACAUGACAAUUACUUCUAGCCCAGCCCUGCGCCAACUACUGAAGCUGAUUUUCAAGGCUACUUGAAAAAAAAAAUCGGCAGCGAACAUUAAUGGAUUUCUGUUGUGUUUAAAUUCUCUACAGAUUGUCUUGUAAAUAUUUUAUGAAGCAGAGCAUAUGUAUAUAUUUAUAUAUACGUGCUUAUACAUUAGUGGCAUGACCUUUGGAAGUCGCAGCCCUUUCUUUUGAGGACCGAAGCUGGUUUUGCCUGAUGAAAGUGGCGCUGUGUAUGGAAAACACUCGUGCGUUUUCUAUUCUGUUGGGACUUUAAGGGGGGGAAUCACUCGGGGGGAAAAACGGACUGGAACUUUCAAAUUAUGUGUUCGCUGGUCCUUUUGCUGUCCGCCUAAAUAUUUUUGGAAGUGUGUGGGACAUUUCGCCUUCAGGAACUUUUGUUAACCACCAAAGACUGAAUUUUAAACUCUCAAAGCAAGACGCAGCGUUCCUUUGGCUUUUGACUUUGAAUUCUGGUCCUCCGCUUUUUAAAUGCACGAAGCAGCCGAUCGCUAGGUGCAGGGCCUGAGUCGGAAUCCGGUCACCACGGUCAAACUUUUCUUCUCCAGGACUUUUAACGUAGUCUCCCCGCGUUACUGCCCGCCCCAAUCCCUUGCAGCAAAUAAAGGCCCUUGAACUUGUAUGUUGGUCUCUCCGGAGCUGCUGGCUGAGGAUCCGCGCCCCUGUCGCUGUUUAGUGGGAGCUGUUUGCAGGGUCCUAACUCAAUCGGCUUGUUGUGAUGCGUAUCCCCGUAGAUGCCAGCACGAGCCGCCGCUUUACGCCACCUUCCACCGCGCUGAGCCCGGGCAAGAUGAGCGAGGCGCUGCCGCUGGGCGCCCCGGACGCCGGCGCCGCCCUGGCCGGCAAGCUGAGGAGCGGCGACCGCAGCAUGGUGGAGGUGCUGGCCGACCACCCGGGCGAGCUGGUGCGCACGGACAGCCCCAACUUCCUUUGCUCGGUGCUGCCCACACACUGGCGCUGCAACAAGACCCUGCCCAUCGCUUUCAAGGUGGUGGCCCUGGGGGAUGUUCCAGAUGGCACUCUGGUCACGGUGAUGGCCGGCAACGAUGAAAACUACUCAGCCGAGCUAAGAAAUGCUACGGCGGCCAUGAAAAACCAAGUCGCCAGAUUCAACGACCUCAGGUUUGUCGGGCGGAGCGGACGAGGGAAAAGCUUCACUCUGACCAUCACUGUCUUCACGAACCCUCCUCAAGUCGCCACCUACCACAGAGCCAUCAAGAUCACCGUGGAUGGACCCAGGGAACCAAGAAGACAUCGCCAGAAGCUAGAUGAUCAAACCAAGCCGGGGAGCUUGUCCUUCUCCGAGCGGCUCAGUGAGCUGGAGCAGCUGAGGCGCACAGCCAUGCGGGUCAGCCCGCACCACCCAGCCCCCACGCCCAACCCGCGUGCCUCCUUGAACCAUUCCACGGCCUUUAACCCGCAGCCUCAGAGCCAGAUCCAGGAUACCAGGCAGAUCCAGCCAUCCCCGCCGUGGUCCUACGAUCAGUCUUACCAGUACCUGGGAUCCAUCACCUCUCCUUCCGUGCACCCAGCAACUCCUAUCUCGCCGGGGCGGGCCAGCGGCAUGACAAGCCUCUCUGCUGAGCUUUCCAGUCGACUCUCAACGGCGCCCGACCUGACGGCCUUCGGAGACCCGCGCCAGUUCUCGGGCCUGCCUUCCAUCUCGGAUCCGCGCAUGCACUACCCGGGCGCCUUCACCUACUCACCAACGCCCGUCACGUCGGGCAUCGGCAUUGGCAUGUCGGCCAUGGGCUCGGCCACGCGCUACCACACGUACCUGCCGCCGCCCUACCCGGGCUCGUCGCAGGCGCAGGGGGCCUUCCAGACGAGCUCACCCUCCUACCACCUGUACUAUGGCGCCUCGGCCGGCUCCUACCAGUUCUCCAUGGUGGGCGGCGAGCGCUCCCCGCCCCGCAUCCUGCCGCCCUGCACCAACGCCUCCACGGGCUCGGCGCUGCUCAACCCCAGCCUGCCCAACCAGAGCGACGUGGUGGAGGCCGAAGGCAGCCACAGCAACUCGCCCACCAACAUGGCGCCCGCCGCGCGCCUGGAGGAGGCCGUGUGGCGGCCCUACUGA